AUGGCCGACGCUGCAAAUCCUGGUCAUUCGCUACCUUCACGUAGCAGCUAUCGAUGCAAUCAAAAGAAAAUUCGAUGCAGCAAGACUCAGCCAUGCGACAGCUGCGUGAGGUCCAGGUCCGUAUGUACAUUUCCAGGGCCAGGUCGCGCGCCCCGCCGCAGAAAAGGAGCUCUAAAGGCCGAACUCAUAGCGCGAGUACGGAACUUUGAGCAAGAACUCCGACACUCAGAUAGUGGGAGCAAAGAGCUGGUUUCCAAGGGUGCACCUGUCCGGGGUAACGCUGUACAUGAACUUGAAAGAGUGGAGGAUCUAUCUGAUACGGAACAUACUCCACGAGGAUUCUCAGAGGAAGGGCCCUCAAAUCAAUAUCUCGUUCAUGUUGAUGAGGAAUUGCUGACCCAAGACUAUUACCAAAAGAUUGAAGAGCCGCAAAGUCUCACGGAGUCACCACAAGAGAUUAGUGGUCUCAAGUUGAAUCUACACAGUAUCCAUGAUACAUUGCAAAGAGGAGACCAAUUCCUAUUCGGUUUUUCGUCACAGGCACUUUCCCUUGAGGCAUUCCAUCCCAGCGUGCCACAGUGUCAGAAACUUUGGAACAUUUACCAAGAGAAUGUCGCUCCAGUGUUGAUGAUUUUCCACAAACCUACACUCCUCAAAUUGAUUUAUAAAUCCGCUGCCAACACUAGCUCUUUAGAUCAUGCCUCCGAAGCUAUAGCCUUCGCGGUCUAUUUUGCUGCAGUGAACAGCAUGAGUGAGAAACAGUGUUCAGAAACAAUGUCCCAUGAUCAUUCAUCACUCCGCGAAUAUUACAAAUUUGCGACUCGGCAAGCGCUUGCGCGGGCAGGUUUUCUUCGGUCGCGGAGUCUGGAAGUACUUCAGGCCUCUGUUCUCUUCCUCACCUGCCUUCGGUCCCGCGAAGACGCAGACUUUGUCUUGACCAUGGUAGCUGCGAUUCAUCGAAUGGCACAAGCUAUGGGGCUUAAUCGGGAGAAAACCUUUGGAGGACUCAGUCCUUUCGAGAUCGAAAUGCGUCGCCGGUUAUGGUGGCACGUAUAUCUGCUGGACUCACAGUCAUCAGAACUUCAUAGCAUUAACACGCAGAUAAUUGAGGGCGAGUUUGACACUGAAAAACCUCUCAAUAUCGACGACUCUGACAUAUCUUCCGAUUCCACCGAGAUACCACACUCUCGAGUCGGCUUUACAGGAAUGACUUUUUGUUUACUCCGAAUCGAAAUGAUCGUCCAUUACCGACGCUCCGCCUUGGUUGGUUACAGAAAAAUUGACAACUCAGACACUAGAAGGAAUCCAGAUUUCAUUGAUAAGCGCCUCCAAGAGUUGGAAGAGCUUCACUGCUACUUACAAGACCACUACCUUCGAUUCUGUGAUUUGUCAAUCCCUAUACAAUGGGUCACGGCCACCAUCAUACGCCUGGCGCUAGCUCGAUUAUGGCUUACAGCUAACUUCUCGAAUGAGCCAGCGACAGACCUGGUAUUGUCUAUUGAGGUUGUUCAAAAAGAUCUCGAUAGAGACCAACUCUUUGCAACAGCUCUAGAAGUAGUUGAAUUUGCACAUCUGCUUGAGACAGACUCACAGACGAUGAAAUGGUCAUGGUUUUUUGAGGGGUAUCCACAAUGGCUAGCCGCUGCUAUUGUGCUUCUAGAGCUUUGCUCUCGACAGCGAACUGCGGAGACUGAUCGAGCUUGGCACGUAGUCCAAACAGCUGUUGAAAAUUGGAUUAGAAGGAAUUUUCAAGUGUGUGGUAUUACUAUGCAGGCAGUUGUCAGUCUCAUGGAGCAAGUGGCCAAAGCACGGGGCUCUGUUUGGAAUCCACUAGAGAAUACCUAG